GGAGGGAGGCAGGCUCGGCUCGGUCCCGCAGCGGCGGAAGGGCCGCCCCCGCCCGGGACUGCGCUGCUGCGCCCGCCGGAGCCGGGGCACGGCACGGCGCCGGGAUGGGCCGCACGGUCGUGGAGCUGUUCUACGAUGUCAUCUCGCCGUACUCCUGGCUGGCGUUUGAGGCUCUCUGCCGCUACCGGCACGUCUGGAACAUUGACCUGCGCUUCCGUCCAGCUUUCCUUGGGGGAAUAAUGCAACAAACUGGUAACAAGCCACCAGCAAUGUUACCAAAGCGAGGUGAAUAUCUGCUGAAGGAUAUGAAAAGGAUGGCAAAAUACUACCAGGUGCCUCUCCGCAUGUCUGCAGAUGCCUUCCAGCAUAUCAUGGGCACAAACAGUCUGACGGCCAUGCGCUUUAUCACAGCCAUUGACAUGACAAACCCUCAGUACCUGGAGCCCUUGUCUAGGGAGUUCUGGAUGCAGUUUUGGUCAAAGCAUGAAGAUAUCACUCAGCCAGAGAACAUAUUGGCUAUUGCCCGACAGGCUGGGCUAUCAGGAGAGCUCUCCCAGAAGGCGCUUGAAAUGAUUUCAUCUGCUACAGUGAAGGAGCGACUGAAAGAGACAACAGCUGAAGCGCUGAAAUACGGGGCAUUUGGGAUGCCUGCUGUUGUGGCACAUUAUGAUGGGGAACCUCACCUGUUUUUUGGCUCGGAUCGUUUAGAGCUGCUAGGCAACUUUAUAGGUGAAAAAUGGCUGGGACCAGUUCCAAGCCCCAAGCUGUGAAAAGUCCCAGGGAAAUACAUAGGCAGGAAAAUAUAUAUGUCAAUCUUCAGUGAUUAUCUGAAAGUGUUCAAUUCUAUGGAGAGAUGGCUUUCUCAACCUUAACACUUUAUUGCAUCUCUAAUUUUGAAGAAUUUCAAGGUUUGCCAGUAACACCAGCCUGGUGAGGUGUUUACUAAAUACAAAUGUGCUUCCUUUCUUUCAACAGCUCAAAGAUUAACAUUAAAGAUUUAACUUCUUGCGGA